AGUGAAACGAACAAACCAUGACGCGAAAAUCAAUUUCCAAAUGUAAAUUGAAAUAUAAAUGCAAUUAACUAUGAAGUCGAAGUGGCUUGAAAUAAUAUUAUUUCAUCCACUGGCGAUAACCAGCUAGGUGCCAGAAAUGAAUCCUUCGUGCUUUUUAUUACUUGCGCUGGUGUCAGCCUAUGAAUGGGCCGAGAAUUUUGACAAAUAUUUUACAACAACAUCUACCACGACGCAGGUUUUCUACGCGCCGAACCCAGGUCUAGACCCGUACUGGGUUGGUGGCGAAUGGGUGCAUGGCACCAUCACCACGACGGGCACUACGAAAGAAACGACUCCCUUCAGACAUAAGCGCACACUAGUGUGCGGCCGGCUUUGCCCGUACAUCUACAGGAUAUUAAUUGGCAAGGUGUGCGUGCACAAUCUGACCCAUGUGUUCAACCCGGCGUUCACGGGAGGAUGGGAGUCCCCGAACUGGGGGAGGAUCGACUAUCAGCGCGGCGGCGUACUGGACCGCAACUACGAGUACCUGGAAACCUUAGACUCCUACUGCCAAUUCCUCGACAAGCAGUGCCGCGCCAACACGGCGCACGGCUACGGCUACGCGUUCCUGCACAUGGGCCCGUGCGUGAAGGAUCAGGACGCCUUCCCCAACCUCAUGUCGGGCGAUGCCGUCAGGCAGCGCAAACGCAAGGCCAUCAGAGAUUACAAUGACCGACUGCAACCAGGUCGGUCCAACGGAGCUCGGUGUGACAUACCCUGCGGCACGCACCGCGUCUCCGUCCAAGCGCGCGAGUCGUCGUGCGUCUCGCACCUCCGCGCGUCGAGGCGGAGCCAGUGUGUCGUACCAUGCGAUUUUUCUAUACAAAAUCAAGAUUCUACAUACAAAGUUAAAAAACGCAUCAACGGACGCCGCUGCGAGAUGCGGAGCAGUGUGACGACCGCCUAA